CAAAUGUACUGGUCCGCUACGCAGGAAAAAUAAAGUAAAAUAGCAAAUUUAAAACCAAAAAACCUUCACCGCGGAAAAGUUUCAGUAUCUGAUAUAAGAAACAGAACAAAAUGGUGUCGGAUUCCGAACUCGUGACCCGACUCCGCGAGAUUCUCCAGAACACUGACCUCAACACGGCCACCUCCGGCAGUGUACGCCGGAAGCUGCAGGAAGAUUUCGGCGUUGAUUUAUCGGAUAAGAAAGCGUUUAUUAGAGAACAAAUUGAUAGUUAUCUCGAAACCCUAGACAAUGACAAUACUUCUAAAAAUACUAAUGAAGAAGAAGGUGAGAAUAUAGCAGAAGCCGGUGAAAUGCAAAAUGGAAACGGAAACGACGCCGUCAAAGCAAAUGAAGAAGAAGAAGAGAGUGAGGGGCAAGAAAGGUCGAAAAAGAGCGAAAAAGAAGUAAAGAAAAGAGGAGGUGGUGGAUUUGCAAAGCCAUGUAGCCUCUCUCCGCAACUUCAAAAGGUUGUUGGUGUCUCCGAAUUAGCUAGAACUCAGGUUGUGCAAAAACUUUGGGCCUAUAUCCGGGAGAAUAAUCUGCAGGACCCCACGGAUAAGCGAAACAUCAAAUGUGACAAAGUAUUGAAGGAUCUUUUUCGCGUAAAUACCAUUAAUAUGUUCAAAAUGAAUAAAGUCCUCUCCAAGCAUAUUUGGCCGUUGACCCCAGAAGCCGAAAAUGAGAAGCUGAAGGCAAAAGAUGAAGAUGAUAGAGAUUCUGGAUCAGGGGGAUCUAAUGAUCAUGGAAAAGAAGAGGAAGAGCAAGAUGAAGUGGAAGAGGAAAAAGAAGCGAAAGAGGAAGACGGAGAUGAAGAAGAGGAAGAGGAAGCAGCAGAAAUAGAGGAUAAGCAAAGAAGAAAGAAAGAAAGGUCAAAAAAGAAAGAAAAGGAAGUGAAGAAAAGAGGAGGUGGUGGAUUUGCAAAGCUAUGUAGCCUCUCUCCGAAGCUUCAAAAGCUUUUUGGUGUCUCUGAAUUAGCUAGAACUGAGGUUGUGAAAAGACUUUGGGCCUAUAUCCGGGAGAACAAUUUGCAGGACCCUGAGAAUAGGCGAAACAUCAAAUGUGACAAAGCAUUGAAGGAUCUUUUUAGUGUAAAUUCCAUUAAUAUGUUCCAAAUGAAUAAAGUCCUCUCCAAGCAUAUUUGGCCGUUAACCCCAGAAGCUGAAUUGACUGAUGCCGUUAAUGAGCAAGCAGAAAUUGAGAAGCUGAAGGCAAAAGAUGAAGAUGAUGAGGAUGGGCAAGAUGAAGAGGAAGAGGAAUCUAAUGACCCGGGAAAAGAUGAGGAUGGGCAAGAUGAAGAGGAAGAGGAAAAAGAAGAGGAAAAGCAAAAAGAAGAGGAAGAGGAAGAUGGAGAUGAAGAAGAGGAAGCGGCAGAAAAAGAGGAUAAGAAAAGUAGCAAGAAAGCUAGAUCAAGAAAGAGAGAAAAAGAAGUGAAGAAAAGAGUAGGAGGUGGAUUUGCAAAGCUAUGUAGCCUCUCUCCGCAGCUUCAAAAGAUUACGGGUGUCCCUGAAUUAGCUAGAAAUGAGGUUGUGAGAAAACUUUGGGCCUAUAUCCGGGAGAACAGUUUGCAGGACCCCACGAAUAAGCGGAACAUCAAAUGUAAUGAAGCAUUGCGAGAUCUUUUUGGUGUAAAUUCCAUUAAUAUGUUCCAAAUGAAUAAAGUCCUCUCCGGGCAUAUUUGGCCGUUAACCCCAGAAUCCGAAAAUGAGAAGCUGAAAGCAAAAGAUGGAAAGGAUAAAGAUUCUGGAUCAGCAGGAUCUAAUGACCUGGAAAAGGAAGAGGGAGGGCAGGAUGAACAUGAAGAGAAAAAAGAAGAGGAAGAGGAAGACGGAGAUGAAGAAGAGGAAGAGGAAGAAAAGCAGGUUAUGAAAAGAAGCAAGAAAGAAAGUAGGGUUACUAAGGUGGACAAAGAUGUUAAGAAAAGAGGCGCUGGCUUCUCUAAAUUGCGCUGUUCAGAUACAGAUGAGACAAAGCAGAAGGAAAAACGGCAGAAGAAAGGAACUUCUAGUCUUCAUGCUCCCCUUCCACUCUCAGAUGCUCUUAUAAAAUUUAUAGGCACUGGUGAAAAUGAAUUAUCCUGUGAUGAUGUUGUGAAGAGAAUGUCGGAAUAUAUAGAAGAAAAUGAUCUGCAGGAUCCAUCUGACAAGUGGAGAAUUGUAUCUGAUGAUAAGCUAAAAGAGCUAUUUGAGGUGGACUCAUUCCAUAGCUUUUCAGUCUCAAAGCUACUCACGUCUCACUUCAUCAAGCUGAAAGAAUGAAUUGUGCAUGUAUACAUAGCUUAAGCCCAUUGGAGGCAGCAAUUUUGAUCGAGAUGUUAGUAUUUUCAACAUUCACUGGAAGCAUUUAUGCUUGUUGUUCAAGAAAUGGAAAUGGUUUUUGCACUGCAGGAUGUUUGCCUCCCAGACAGAAAUUGCAAAUCACGGUGACUGUAAACGUUCGAUUUUUGAACCUAGUUGAUUUUUACGCGUCCUGCACCCACAGGGACAUCUCUUAGAAGUUCAAAGAGCCUCUAGGAAAUCUAAAGAGUACGACUAUCUUGACAUGCAAUGUGAAGGCACUGGUUGAAGAAGCUAAGACGGCUGAACAAAAGGAUUGUGAGAUGUGAAUUCAAGAAGAAGAAGAAUUAAUAAUAUUCAUGUUCACGUGAAGAUGGGAAACAACUUUUCAGGUAUUGCGUCUUGACUACUACUUUCAAUAUGAAUGCUGUUGAACUUGAAUCCAUUCAUCUCUCAGGCCUAUCUUCUUUUUUAGAUAUGCUAAUGACUGAUUUUGACAAAAUGUCACUUUUCAUAUUGUGCGGAUUUGUUCAUUAUCCUUA